CAGACCCGGGCCAGCGUGGCCCUCCACGGAGGGGAUGGUGGCGUCAGCAUGGACGUGGCAGGCCUGGUGUCCUGGCCGACAAACGGCUCCCUGGAGCUGGUGGUGAACGCCAGCCACACGGCCCCUGCUCUCCAGAGGCUGGGCCUGCCCUUGACCAGCCAGCUCGUGUUCCAGAAGCUGUGGGCAGAGGAACAGAUGAGCUCUUCCCUACGGCUCACCUGUGAUUCUCAAGCCAGCCUGGUCCUUGACAUGCGUGGCCAGAGCCAGGCGCUCCGCAAAGAGCUGCAGGUCUCCGGCCGGCACCGCCUCCCCAUCCUCCUGGGCCACUGCCCCAGCAGAGCCUCAGCCUCAGCCAAGCUACAGUACUCGGAGCAUGAGGCCGAGAGCAUGAUUUUCUUGGCGGUGGAGGAGCAUCAUUUCCACGUGGGCACCAGCCUGGUGACUGCGAAGGCUAAGGUCACCAACAUCAUCAGGCUGGAACAGACCUUCCCCCAGUUCAGCGUCCUUCCUAGGGAGCUGGUCCUGCAGACCUUGUACGAGAGAGCCCGUGGGACCCACACCCUGCACCAGACAGUUUUGUGGGAUGACCAGGAGGCAGUCCUUAACGGGAGCCUCUCCGGGCCCUUCCGCAGGCCCGCUGGGAACCUCAGCCUCCAGGAGCUCAGCCACCCGCUGUCCCUGUCCCUGUCCCCACCGCCGCGCGGCAGCCUCCGCCUGUCCUGCGAGCACUCACCACGGGAACACCGGGACGACCUGGUCGUGGGCUGGGAUGGCAAGGACCAGGUGGUGGUCUCGUCCUCUCUGCAGCUGGGGAAGGGCAGGCUGGCCGCCCGCCUGGCCCUGGCUCACCCCUUCAACCUCUCCUGGUGGCACAUGGAGGCCAGCGGCCUGGCUGAGGGCAGGGGUGGCCAGCAGAGCGGGCAGGUCCAGUUGGCCUGGGACAGAGGGCAACCCGUGACCUUGCACCUCACCUGGACCAACAGGUCCUCGGAGUUCAAUACCAUCUGGGAUGGCUGCCUGGCUGCCUCCCCGGGGCAGCUCCAGGAAAUUUGGGGCCUGAGUGCCCUCCGGGCCUGUGGGGCCGUAACACAGACCCUGGCCAUGUUCAGCGAGCAGCUCGAUCUGUCCUGGGACCGGCGCCGGGUGCAGCAGAACCUGACAUAUGAGAGGCAUUGGCCAUCGCAGGCGGACAGGAUCCACGCCGAGGCCAUGCUGCAGCACAUCUUCACUGGCUCCUGCACCACGCAGAGCUUCCAGGGGGAGGUGGGGACCGACUAUACCCACCGGCUGCACCAUUCCCUGCACCUGGGGCUCUGUGACCUGCCCAGGGCUCUCUCAGUCUCUGGGGAGCACACCCUGGGCCACAAUGGGCUCCUGCUGGAUUCCCGCUGCCAGAUGGGCCUCGCCCCGGACCCAGACCAUGGCCUGCACCUCAGCCUGACCCUCCGCAACCACAGCAAGCCUCGGGCACCAGACUUCUCCGGGGAGCUGGAGAUCCUCAGCGCCAAGGCUCAGCAGCUCGGCCUGCGGGGCCGGGUCUUCACCUCGGCUUCUCGGGCCAGCAUCCAGCUAGAGGGAAUUGUGGACAAUGGGGACGAGAAAGUGAGGCUGUCGGUGUCCCGGGCCCCGAGCUGCCUCCAGGCCGCUGUGACCCAUGAGGAAGGGAGCCGAGAGGAGAGCGUGGUGCUGCGGGCAUGUGCCCACAGGCGAACGGCUGAGGUGGAGGCCCUGCUCCAGGACGGCGGGCAGCCUGUGCAGCCCCUGGGACGCCUGAGCCUGCAGGCUGCCAACCAGAGUCUUCGCCUGGAGGCACACGGCUGCCCGGGAACCCUGCUGGGCAGCGUGGAGUCCAGGAUGGCAGCCAUCGGGGCCCAGGUGGAAGCCCAGCUAGAGAAGAAGAUCCGAGGCUUGGAUGCCUACGUGGAAAGGUUCCGGCGCCUGGUGCGGCCGGCGGGCACCCUGGACAGCAUGGUGGGCCCCCUCCUGCAGUUGUCCCACGGGGGACUGGGAGCCGUGGUGGCGAGUGGCCGGGCGGUGGCCGCGCCAUGGGGCCAGGCCAGGCAGGCGCUGAUACACCACUUGCCCCCCUACCUGGAGAGACUACGGGCGGGGCUGGAGCAGCUGCGGAACGAGCUGGAACGGCCCCUGGCCACACUGAAGGACGCCUACCUGGAGGUGACCCCACAGCCCCUGGACGAGGUGUGGCGGGAGCGGGCUGAGGAGGCCGUGCGGCUGUGGCGGGCCCUGGGGCCCAGGCCCAUCGGGGCAGCCAUGGAGCUGGCCGCCCGCCAGAUGCUGUCUUGGGCCGAAUCCACUUUGUCCCAGGCCCUGCGGAGGCUCUGCAAGCCCUUGCUGGCCCUGUACAGCUUCUCAGCCAGGAACUGUUCGGUGCGGGUGACUUUGCCGCUGCUGCCAGCGGGGAACGAGCCCCUGGCUGUGGCCCGGGUGACCGGCUACGUGGUGGAGAAGCUGCUGCGGCCGCUCAGCGAGCUGUCCAGGACCAAUGUGUGGGCCGAGUAUUACCGGCUCCAGCGUCGCCUGCUGGAGAGCCCCCACGACUACCAUGCUGUGGUGGCCGGGGCCAGGUAUGUGGUGACCUUUGAUGGCCAGGUGUGGAGGCUGGGUGUCCACUGUGGCCGUCUGCUGCUGGCCAAGGACUUUGCCCAUGACACGUUCUCACUGACACUGAACCGGGACCACUCGGGGCUCCCGUCCCUGUCCGUGGAGCUGAACCAUACCACCCUGGUGCUCUACCCGAGCCUGAAGACAUACAGGCUGUAUGAUUCCUCCUCGCCUACGGAGAGCUGUCUGCACAUCGAUCUGCCUCCUGCCAAGAUGAGGAGGGAUGUCCCCAGGAUCGAGCUAACCAGUGAGGACGGCAUCUCCGUCACCUGUGAUGUCCGAGCUGGUCUCUGCAGCCUGACUCUGGGCCUCUGGCUCCAUGGGGUGUCUGCUGGCCUUCUGGGCACCAAUGACAAUGAGGCGGGCAAUGAGCUGAUGUUGCCGGAUGGCACAGCGGCCCAGAGCCUGGAGGAGCUCGCCCUCGCCUGGCAGGUGGGUGGCGACUGCAGGGCCAUGGAGAAAACUCAGGAGUGCCCAGGCUGGAGCCCCACCUGCUGGGCCUUCUUCCAGGACCCCCGUUCCUGCCUGGGGAACUGCUUCAGGGUGGUGGACCCCACGCCAUUCCUCAGCCUGUGCAUCCAGGACACCUGUGGCACCCAGGAGCUCCACCCUGCCUGUAACCUGGCGGCCGCCUACAUCCACUUGUGUGCCCGGGGCUUCGUGCCCCUGGACCCUCCUCCGCAGUGCGGGCUGGAAGUCAGCGACUGCCCCAAACAACAGGAGAAGGACCUCUGUUAA